AUGUUGGGUGGCUUUUCUAGCAAGAAUGGACCGGCUCUCUUCUCAUUCCCCUCGACACGCUCGGCGCCAUCAACUAUGAAGGACUGGAAAUACUCGUUGAUAGAGGCGAAGCGCAUGUACCUGCAGAAGCAGUACAAGCAGUGUGCAGCCUAUAGCAUGAAGCUUCUGAGCACCGCAAAAGGACCAAUCGAUCCGGUGUGCAAGACCUUCCUCACAUUUUAUGCAGCAAUCUCCUACGAAUUCUUGGGUCGUGCUGCCCAUCUCUACUCCGCAAACAAGGUGGCUCUUCUUCGUCAGGCUUUGGAGAGCUUUGUCGAAUGCGAUGCUGCUCUGCCUCCCCUAGUUAAUCUGCCUCGCCUUGCCAAGCUUGAGGUGCAUGACAUGUCGUGGUCAUCGACUCCAAUUAGUGUGGAUGAAUGUCUUGCCCUUUUUGAACCCCCGAAGGAAGUGCGUUCUGACCGUGACUCGAUUAUGGAUAACAUCACUCGCAUGAUUGAUGUGACUAUUUCGCGACUGGAUGAUCCUUUUGUGGAUGGUUUUGAUGAACUUGAUGAGUUCGUGCUAUCUUGCUCCCCGUCGCGCAUCCCUAGGCCUAUCCAGGACCGGUCCAAGGAAGACCUUCUGGCGCCUAGUCCUCUCCGCAUCCGCAAGUUCUCAGACGAGAAACCUCUUAAGGAAAAGAUCGCUGAGAAGAAGGUCUCUGAGAAGAAGGUCGCCAACAAUAGCUCGCCCAAGAAAUCUCCCAAGAAGUCUACCCAAAACACUGUCAGGCUUUCAAUGUCUGGAGAUGAGAACAAUAGCAGUGGCAGAUUCCGCCCCCCAAGACUGCCACUCAAGGUUAUCCCGUCUUCUCGACUCAAUGCCAACAUGUCUGGACUGCCCUCGCCCAAGUCUGAGCUCUCUAGUCCAGUCUCGCCCUCCCUCCUUUUCUCCCCCAUUGUCACGGGAUUCCCUACCCCAGACUCCACGCCACCAAAGGUGACAACAAUUCCCAUCGAAAACCUCUCGCCCACUCGCGCCGCCCAAAUUUUCCGUUCAAACCGUGGCAUUGCGUUCCUCCACGAGCUGGUUACAUCUAGCAUCUACAGCAUCCGACAGCAGAUUCAACAAGUUAAGCAGUUCCAGGAAGUCCGCCGUGCCCGCAAUUUCCAACGUGCUUCCUCCUGGACCUUUGACGCCAUCCUCGCUGAGAAAAAGGAUAGCGACUCCGACGCCAAUCAGGGUUAUGAGCCAAUAAUGGACGAGUUUGGUCAUAUUAUGUUUAAAGAAACGAUGGAUGAACGCAUCAUUCGUCUCCGGGCUGAGGGUUGGGAGAUGGUUGGAUUGCGGUCGCCUCGGAGCACAUGGAAGGGGGCGCGAUACUACCAGGAAUUCUGUGCUAUGGUCAUGAACGAGCGAGACCUGGACUCGUGA